GAGUUUACUUUGCCUUCGUGGGAGUGUUGUACUACAUUACGCAAACGACUGAAAGCCAAGUUGAAAGCUAAGUUAAGGAUUUCAACUCGGCUGCAGUUGACAACAUUCGAGGAUAUCCGUGCGGAUUCCGAACUUUUUUUCCCCCCUUGGUUGCGGCGUACUUUACUUUUCUUGUAUGAAGCGACUCUUUAGUGUGACUCGACUGGCCAGAAAAGAAUCCAUAUCUGGUCAAAGUAUUCAACUGUCACAAAGCGGGACCCGUUCGCUAUAAAUAGCCGGGAUAAGCAGUGGAGGAGACUUCCCUUUGAAAACGUCGCUGGGCACUUAGCUGCCUUUUUUUGUGUGGGGGGGGAUUCGUUGGGAUUCUAUCGUGCCGCCAUGUCCACCUCCUAUAAGAAGGAAGUAGUGAACUACAGGGACGUGGACGAGGAUGAACUACUGAAGAAACUCUCAGAGGAAGAGCUACAGAGGCUGGAGGAUGAGCUGGAGGAGUUAGAUCCAGACAAUGCCCUGUUGCCGGCCGGGAUGAGGCAGAAGGAUCAGACCAAGAAGGCGCCGACCGGAACCUUCCAGAGAGAGAACCUGGUAGCCCACCUGGAGAAGCAGGCCAAGGAACACCCUGACAAGGAGGACCUGGUUCCGUUCACUGGAGAGAAGAGAGGUAAAGUCUUUAUACCUAAGAAGAUGGUGGACCCCAUCAUGGAGAAUGUGACUCUGGAGCCAGAGCUGGAGGAAGCACUGGCCAACGCCAGCGACGCUGAGAUCUGCGACAUUGCCGCCAUUCUGGGAAUGCACACUCUGAUGAGUAACCAGCAGUACUACGAGGCUUUGGCCAGCAGCAAUAUAGUCAACAAACAAGGCCUUAACAGUGUUAUCCAGUGUACUCAGUAUAAGCCUGUGCCUGAUGAGCAGCCCAACUCUACUGACGUGGAGGAGACGCUGUUGAGGAUGCAGAGGAACGACCCUGACCUGCUGGAGGUCAACCUCAACAACAUCAAGAACAUUCCAGUGAAGACACUGAAGGCUUAUGCAGACGCCCUGAUAGAGAACACUGUAGUGGAACGCUUCAGCAUCGUGGGAACCAGGAGUAAUGAUCCCGUAGCCUUUGCCCUGGCAGAGAUGCUGAAGGUGAACACCACACUGAAGAGUCUAAACAUAGAAUCCAACUUCAUCACGGGGACGGGUAUCCUGGCUCUCAUUGCCUCACUGCAGUCCAACACAACCCUGCAGGAACUCAAGAUCGACAACCAGAGCCAGCCGCUAGGUAACAAGGUGGAGAUGGAGAUAGCCAGCAUGCUGGAGAAGAACACCACGUUGUUGAAGUUUGGCUACCACUUUACCCAGCAGGGCCCCAGGCUGAGGGGCUCCAUCGCCAUGAUGAACAACAACGACCUGGCUCGGGUAAUCCGAUCUGAUCAUCACUCGGACGGUUCCUUUACCCUCACUCUGUCCGUGCCGGAACUGGAGAGGGCAUUUGGUAAAAAGUUCAAGCCGAAACUCGCCAAGACCAAGAAAGUAAAGACAGCAGUUGUAUCGUCUUCCUCGUCCUACCUCUUCAACCCGCCGCUUCUUUUCCUUGAGUUCUACCCACAACUCCCUGCGUAGUGCCUUCCAUUCCUCCUCGUCAUCUCUUCUCUUCCCGACAGUGGCAGAUCUGGCAAUCUUUCUUCAGUAGUUCUUGAGUUCUUAAGUGGGUCUUUACUGAAGGGGACUGCUUGCUUAAGGGCUUUUUACAGUUAAAGCUUCUAUUUUCUUCUUAACUGUCUCUUUCAAACGUUUGGAACAGGGUUUUUUUCUGCUUUCUUUACAUGUUCCCAAAUCUUUCAAACUAUUCCUUCAUUGCCAUUCCUUUGAGUCAAGUAUUUGUUGUGUUUGAAUAAAACCUGAUUUUACCGAAGGUGCUGAUAUGUUUUAAUAGUUGGUCUAAUUUCAAUUUCUUCUUCUCUGACCAUAGUAAGAAAGAGAAGGCUUGAAGGAGGUCCCAUCUUCCCCAAGUGUCGGACAAGCGUGUAGCGCCGUGCCCGGCGGCAGCACUGCCCGGCCCUGCCCAGCCCCAUAUUCAGCCAGACGCCCUCCAACAGAUAUCCCAUCAACCCCUGCUUCCCAACCCUAACCUCGACACCUCCGCAAUGACAGAAAUCGUUCCAAAUCGAAUGUCAGGGGCUUUGGCAAAUCUUGUUCCUACUGUGGCAUAGAGUUGAUCUACUAUUGUAAAUUAGUUUUUUUUCCUUCACAGUUUUCUACUGAUAUCGGUUUAGAUAUCUUCAGUAAUAAUAAUAUCUGGUAAUUGUGACAGAGAAGCAGCCCACCUAUACAGAAAAUAUUUAUUUUGUUGUUAGUUUGUUUACUGGAGAUGAACUUGUUGUGGUUGAAGAUAAUGUAUAUUGUACCACAUGCCAUGGGCAGCAGAUAGCCUAACGGUUAAGAGUGAAAGGUCGCUGGUUCAAAUCCCCGAGCCGACUAGGUGGAUGACGGAUGUGCCCUUGAGCAAGGCACUUAACCCUAAUUGCUCCUGUAAGUCGCUCUGGAUAAGAGCGUCUGCUAAAUGACUAAAAUGUAAAUGACUUAACUUGGUUAUGAUGUUAAUACCACAUUACGUUUUUCAGCAUUUUGCAACCACGUAACGUAAUGUUUUUCAGUGUGAGGUUCAUAUAAGAUAAGUUGUUAGCCUGCAGUUCAUGCUGUCUGUAAGCAAAGGCACAUAACGGUACAUGGGAGCUAUGUUCAGAGGAAUUGUUGCAGAUUAAAAACAUGUUGAGGUGUAAAUUGUUUGUUUGUCCAAGUUUACCCCAUGGAGACAGCCACUAAAAGCUGGUCCUAGAUCAGUUUGUCCGUUAUGGUGUAAAUACUGUAGUAUUACUGAUCUCUAGUCAGUUUAAAUCUUCUCAGUCAAACCUUACACAGAGAGAGGUUGCUACUAAGCGUUGGUUCUAGAUCAGUUUCGUGACCAAGUCGAUAUCUACUUAGACUGACCAGAUGAAAGCUAUGAUCCUUUGUUGACAACACUUGUUAAAUCCACUUCAAAUCAGUGUAGAUGAAGGGGAGGAGACAGGUUAAAGAAGGAUUUUGAAGCCUUGAGACAAUUGAGACAUGGAUUGUGUGUGUGUGUGUGUGUGUGCCAUUGAGGGUGAAUGGGCAAGACAAAUGAUGUAAGGGAGUUGCAGCAUUCCCCCCUCCCCCUUUUUCAGUUACACUGGUAGAAAUGCUGUCAGUUGAAUGUGUCUGCAACCCAAAAGUGUGCAAACUAUGAAUUCACUGUAAUCACUCUGUAGCCUAUCAAAGCUCAAGAAAAAGCAUGAAGACAAACGACUUGUCCUGUCUGUUGUAAGAUCCUAUGAGAUUGUUCCUUAAUGAACACUCCUUCAGGUAUUGUUGCUAUGUGGCCAGGUAUCAGAGUUGUCAUGCACCAUUUGUUUUUGAGGGGCGCACUGAUGACUAAAUUCAAUAUCCUAUCAUUAAAUCCGUGUAAAAUAAACUAUAUAUAUAUAUAUUCUAUUGGAUGAAGGAUGGAUGAGGGGGAUACGUGCCCCCUCAGAUUCAAAGGGCAUGAUGCUACUGAUUAGGUAUAUUACUGUAUGGUCAAAAGGGACAACUAUAGUGUGUACAACAAACCAUCCCAAUAUUAAAUACUGCUGAAUAUGACUGUGUUUUCCCUGCCCUAGCCUGGCUGUUGUUAUUUCUCUACAGUAUUUGCAGUAUUCUACAGUAUUGAGUGUUUUUGUUAUAUAGUUCACAUUAUUGUGUUUUGUUGUUGUUCAUGGAUAAAUCAGGUUUGAAAGUAUUUUGUACUGUGUUUAUUUGUACUGUUUUUACGCUUCUAGGCCUAUGCACCAAACCACGUAUGACACGCCCUCUUGGGGAAAGUUGAGAGAACUACAUAAUUCCCGCCAGCCAGACCCCCAAUGAGACAUGAUGGGACCAACCGCUGCUGCCAAAGUAAGAAGCUUUGGUCCGUUGGGAUUGGUGGCCGACUGGAUAUUUCCUGCUAAGAAUACCCAAAUAUUGCUCACUUUUUAAGUUGCGUCCAAUGUUAAUUUUUAUUCUACAAUAACCUACCCUUCUCAAAAUAAUGUGUUUAAUUUCUCUAAAGAACAAGACAUACCCCCCACAGCAUUGGAAAAAAACAACCUGUGUGUCUGUGAACCAGUUUUAUUAAUUCUCAAGCAGAACAUACAUGAUGGCCCUUUAUUGCUGAUAGCAUUCCAAUCUGAUUACCAACAUAACAUUCUUACAACCAAGUACAACAGAAUUAUCAAGCAUUGGUACCCUCUUCGUUCUUAAACUGUUCUUAGCAAAUUAUGACUUUGACCAACCUUCUGGCAGUUCAGUGGGAAAACAACAGAUUUCCCUUUUUAUUCAGGUGAUGGAAAAGCUAGCCCUCCAGUCAACACAGAUUUUGUAAUAGCUUUAGAAAUCAUGAUUAAA